GAAAGCGGUAGCAGUCCAUGCAUUGUCAUUUAUACAUUGUUAUCAUCAUGCCUUUGGUUGUGUGUGUGUAUCUGUCUGCAGCUAAUCUUGCAUACUACUGGACCAGCGUAAUGUUUUUUGUGCACAUUUAUGACUGUAUGCUCAAGGACUUCUCGUGGUUGCAGUGAUUCACAGUUUUUGAAAAACCUAUUUUGUUGACUGCUCUGUUUUAUACCACCAUUGACUACUGACUCCUCUCAGUACAUUAGUUACAGUACAGCAGCCUAUCAGUGAAGUUACGUAUGUGACGUAAGUUAAACACGUUAUUAACUUACAUACGCAAAUAAAAAUAAGUCAGCUUUGACUUUUGGUUUCCCAUGAUUUAGGGAAGGCAGUGAAAUCAAGUACAACUCGGUUCCCUUCGUUCAUACUAAAGAGUUGUUGAAAAGAAUCGUUUCCAAAGAAACAUCAAACAUAAUUGCCGUGAUACUCAUACGUCCUUUGGUGAUACCAGGGGCACGUUCAGUCUAUAAACGUGUGCACCGUUUUGCAUCAGUUUCCGGGUUAAACGACUGUUAUGGUACACAGAGGCUGGACCCAAAAGCACGAGCGGCACAGAGAGAGAUCAAGUGGUUACUUUCGGUUUAUUAUAAGACACAAAGAGUAGUCAGGUGUGUGGAAGCAAUUGCCGUGAGCAAGUGGACUGGGCGAGGACAGCAAGAGGCAAGAGACUGGAGGGAGCAGGUAGGCGGAGCGAGGACAGCAGGCUGAGGUGGAGCGGCGGAGGAGCCCUGGUGAGGUAUUUCUGGAGAGCCGUGUGAAAUUCAAUCAGACAACCAGCCUGUUGGGAAAGAGGGUGGAGGCAAAAGUGAGUAGAUUAUGAAUUGGUGAUCAAGUGAAGUCUGUACCUUGUGUCUCGGUGGUUGUUUGCUUUCCAGGGAGAUAAAUCCUAUGUGGAAAAUUAGUGAAAAGAAGAACUAAAGUGGACAAUAUACAAGCACGUUACCCAAACAGCAUCAAUGCGUGUGCAGUGGAUUGUGUCCAUUUUAUCCAUCUUGGUGUGCAUAGGACUACUGGUGAUUAUUAUGCGCCAAGAUCAAGUGUCAAUCAUGCUAAAGAAGGAAGGUGAAAAUCUGCAAAUGAAGUCAGAGAGACUUGAUGGUCAAUAUAUAAAUGACGACUCAUUUAAAGCCACGCUAGAAAGGCUGCUGGUUCAGGGGUCAAAAAUAGUGGCAGAUCUGGAGGUGACACUGGGCAAACUCAGACCUGAGAUGAAGGAGAAGGAAACAGAAAAUGAUGCCUGUCAAGCAGAAAAGAAAACAAAAGCUGAUGAGCUCGCAAGUGUGGAGAAGGAACACACAGAGACUGAAGCUAUGUUAAAAGCAGAGUCUGAUGCCUGGAACCAAGAGAUUAAUACUCUGAAAGCACAACUGACGGGGUACAGACCAAUAUGUGAUUAUGUGAAGAAAGACCCACAAUCUGAGAAAUUGUGUGGCGACAAAACCAGCUGAACCUCUCUUCUGAAGAAGAUAAAGGAAUGAAAUCUCAGCGACUGAAUGACACUACACCUCCACAAUGCCAGUAGUUAACAUUUGUUUUAAGCGCCCAAAUUGCUUUUGAUUUUUGAUUUUCUUAGUGUCAUUUCUUUUACUGAUGUAUGAAAUGUUACAGAUGUGUUGUUUAGUUAAAAUUUAUACCAUAACACUGAUAAUAAGACUGUUUGCUUGUUUUUACUGAACCUACUGUGAGUGGGGACGUUCUCAGGGCUGGUUUUCUGUCAGAUCAUUUAUCAUUUCUGGAAUGUGUGGCACUUGUUUCCCCACCUUUCUGGGUUUUUAAAUACUUUUAGGAGGGUUUUUUUUUUUUGCCGAUAUUAGACAGAGUAAAGACAUGAAGUGAAGGGAAAGAGAAACGGGGGUUGACAAGCAACAAUGGUCCCCUGUCGCACUCAGACUGGGGACUGUGAUCCCAUGGCCGACAUCUCAUGUCCCUGGGCUACGCUACACACUGCCUUAUCUGGUUUCUUUUCUGUACAACAUGCAAAUUUUCUCACAUCCUCACUUUGCAAUGCAAGCACUGUCAUUGUGGCAUUGGCUUAUUAUCAGUAUUUCUUGAAGGCAAUACACACAGUACAGGUACAGUUUUUGCACACAGAAUACACAGUAAUGUCUUAUCUAUCAAUAAAUGUACAUAUUGUCACUGUCCUGUGAAAACCAUUUAUCUCCUAAACGGCAAUUUAUCAUGAGCUGAGAGAAACAGUCGAGUUUUCAGCUUUGUGACAAUCAAACUUUUCAUGUAAGUUAUUGCAAAGGGUAAUAAUAAAACAGUGAAAAUAUAAACAGUAAAACAAUGGAAGACUAAAUGGUAAUGAUAGAAGAAGAUGAAAAAAAGAUAGAAAAGAUAAAUGCAAUAAAAAUGUUUAAAACAAGUGAAGAAUAAUUAUAUACAAUUGUAAGUAAUGGCCAUAAAGCCAAGCUAAAAAGGUGGGUUUUAGGUUUAUGUUUAAUGAUAUCAACACUUUUUUUCAAAUAAUCAAAUCAAAUAAUAAUUUUAAUGAUUUAUUUUGCUUAAGAAGUACAAAUUACAAAAGAACACUUUCUGAAGGUUUCAAAAUUUGGAGAUUAAUGGUUUUCAUUGGACAACGCUCUAGAUACAGAGAACAACCUCACAGAUUAUUAGCCUGAAUAUUGUACUGAACUGUCACGGAUUAAAAACCUUUGAGGAUCCUCUGUGGAAAAAGUCAUGAUGGCACAAUCGAUUUCAAAAAUCUCAUGAAAAAAAUCUUGACUUGAAAUCAGUGACGCUGUUUGAGCAACUUAAGUCAUAUUCUUCUGUCACAUGACUCCAGUUUCUCUCUGCCUGAGGGUUGGGUGUCACCAGAUACAAAAAAAAAACCUGCAGAGAAAGAAUUUGUUCUAUCUUUUUGUCUGUCUCUUCGAUGUCAUUUCUCCUCAUCUGACAUCACAAUAUGACGUUACCCUGGGUGUGAAAGGUCAACACAUGCAGCUCCAGAAACUGUUAGACUUUAGUUAUUAAAGGUCAAUUUUACAUCAGAUGGGGAAUUUACUAUUUUAAGCCUCCAUCAGAAAGUUUGAUUUAUUUUUUUAAUUAUCUCGUAGGUCACCAGGACCAUAGCCGGGAUUUUAGAAUCCCGGUCCUGAAUCCAAAUUUGAUUUCCAAAUUAGUGUAUUCAAAUCAAUAUAAUAAUAAUAAUGUUUUAAGGCAACUUAACUACACCAAGUCACAUGAAAUCCACUAGUCAAACGCUUAGAUGGCAGGAAAUACACUGGAAUCAGUCAAUAAGAUACACACCAUGUGUUGAUUCCCCACAGGUUGCUAAAACCCCCAAAUUCUUAGAAAAAAUACAAGAGGACAUGAUCUCAAUGGUAGCUACAGCCCUGCAGGGUGCACUUGGACAGUACUUUUACUUUGAUAGGGCCACAUACUAUAGCAUCAGAGACAAUCACAGACAUCACUAAAUAGAUUUCAAGAUGAAAGUUUCAUAAUCCUCCACAGGUGUGAAACUGGGUUGAGAUCUAGUGACUGUAAAGGCCGUAGCAUUUUAUUCACAUCAUUUUCAUACUCACCAAACCAUUCAGUGAGCCGUGGUGAAUGGAAGCAUCUGCAUUUGAUAUGUUUCUCCACUCUUUUAUUCACCUUUUUCCUUUAAUUUGUCCUCCGUCUGUAGGACACAGAAGAGCUUUACUAAAUGAAAUAUUUAGAAUAAGCAUCCUGUUAAACCCGCAAACUUUCACAGACAACUCUCUCUAAAAUAAAACGGGAAGCACAUCGGUGAUGCUUAAUGUCCACACACAGUAAAGUGACAACGUGUCUAAACAUUGAUCACAUUUCAACACAGAGGACUGCAUGCAAACAUCAUGGUAGGAUAUUUCAGACCAUAAUCCGAUCUGUGUGUUAAAGGAUGUGUAUUCCUGCUCUAUCUUUGAAAAUAUCAAAAACGUCUUCACUCCAUACUUUUGACAUAAGGAACCUACAUCAGUCUUGUACUACGUCCUCGAUGCAUCCCCCGUUUGUGUUCCUCUGGUUCAAGGCUGUGAUCAGGCCACGGGGUGCUGUUCAGCUUAUAUGUGGGAAAGAUAAAAUGUGUUUUAUGAGCAUUUAAAGGAAAAGUUCAAUGUUUUGGGGAAUACACUUAUUUGCGUUCUUGCUGAGAGUUAGAUAUGAAGAUAAGCAGUUGCUUAGCUUAGCACAAAGACUCAAAACGGGGGGGAACUGCUACAUUUACAUGUAUCUCUUGUUUAAUCAGUACAAAAAUGCAUGUGUAAAAACGACAAUUCACCAUUUUACUGGAGGGAGGGGGUUAUGUGCUGGACUAUUUCUUGGUCGGGACCAGUAACUUCCUGAAGUCGCCUGAGGACCUUUUGUUUGUUUGGGGGUUUUUUUUACAAACAAAACAAACGAGAUAUAACACGUUAAUUAGUGAGCUUUAGAGGUGCUGGUAGCCAGAUUUUGUUACAUUUGGACAGAGCCAGGCUAGCUGUUUCCUGUUUUGUUUUUAUGCUAAGCUAAGCUAACCAGCUGCUGGUUGUAGCUUCAUAUUUACUGGACAGAAGUGAGAGCGGUAUCAAUCUUCUCAUCUCGCUCUCGAACUAUUCCUUUAAACUGGGAAAAGGCAAAUGUAAUUGGGUAUUUUUAGCUCUGAGUUUGGCCCCGUCUAACCAUCCAUCCUGAUUUCACUCACCCUUUAUGUGCCUGCAGUGCAUUUUCUGUGUUGCACCCACAUUGUAGCUGAUGUUUUGAUUGUACUUGUUUUUCCACUAUAUAGUGUUUUAAAAAAACUAUAUAACUAUAAAAUAUUUAGUUCAUUUUAAAAAUUCUGCGUUUACUGAACUUUGACCAUGAUUUCCGAAACACUACACUUUGGCAAGGAGCCAGCUUUAGGAGUGACCCAGUAAUUGUGACUGCAACUUCUCAGAGUGGCUGAGUCACUGGUGUAAAUGUAAACAUGACACCUGCCAUUUCAGAGAAUGGAUGGCCGAUAAUGGUGAAAUGUGAUCUAGAACAGUACAGGGGUCUAUAUAAUGGAGACUGACCUGGUCACAGACAGGAAGAUACCAGGAGAGGGCACAUAUAUAUAUAUAUAUAUAUAUAUAUAUAUAUAUAUAUAUAUAUAUAUAUAUAUAUAUACACACACACACAGUGUGAUACACACACUGUAUCUCAGUUGUAUCUUAAUCAUUAUUAUUUUUAUAUUCUUAUAUAAAAGUUUGAAUUUAAUUAUUCCUUACUGCAAAUUUGUAUCUUUACAGCAGUUUUUCUUGUAACUUUGGUAAAUAUAUCACUUUUUUUUAAGCGAACACUUCCCCUCUUUUAAGUUGCAACAUAGACCAAUUAAAAAUUCAUUACAAUAUUUCCCACUAACAAGUGGACUAACGGAUUUACAUUUUCAAGGUACGGCUACCAAACAAAAACAAGUUUGUCCCUUUUCUUGUGUCUGCGUACCAGAAUCAGGUCAAUCAUCCAUAAAUUGUGUGGGCCUGUAAUUUCUAGUUUUAAUCCCCAGAUUCCUCUGAAGGAAAAGUUUGAAAGCCACUGGACUAAACUAUGAAUUAGAUAACAAUUUUAAAAAGUCAAAAGUUUGAUGAGAAGGUCGAUACUCCCAGGAAGUCACUGCCCCCGGCCAACCCUCUGUAUAACCACAAAUUGAUGUUUUUGCACUUCUGCUUUUGUGCAAAUGAAACAAACAAUAUAUAACAUGUUGAUUAGUGAGCUUUUGAGGUGCUAUUAGGCAAAUUUAGUUACCUUUGGACAGAGCCAGGCUAGCUGUUUCCCUCUGUUCCCAGUCUUUAUGCUAAGCUAAGCUAACCGGCUGCUCGCAAUAGCUUCAUAUUUACGUACAGACUUGAGAGUGGUAUCCAUCUUCUCAUCUCGGCAAGAAAUUUAAGUGUAUUUCCUAAAAUGUCAAACUCUUCCUUUAAGGAUAUUAUUAAUGGUUUGGUUCAUGGAGUCUCUGGAUUUCCUCAUCUGAAUCGAGGGUCUAAGGACAGAGGGUGUCUUGUGCUGUACAGAUUGUAAAGACAUUUUUGAUUUGUGUUAUUGGGCUAUAUAAAUAAAACUGACUUGACUUUACUCUAAUUACCUAUAAAAUAAGGCAUUUGAAUGCCUUUUGUGCGCUUAUUAAUAGGUAUAAUUAAAACCGCUGACAUAAUACCUUAUAUGUGACAAGUCAAAGUAGUCAAUAUGUUUUGUACAAUAAUUACUCAUUUUUGUCUUUAAAACCACUAGUCUAUUACAUUAAAAAAUAAAGACGUUUGAAACUAAGUAGUUUUAAUGGCAAAUUUAUAAUAGAAAGUGUAAACUGUAAAAAAUUAAGUUUUUGUUUGAUCUUCAAAAGACUUAAUGUAGCCUCAAAUGCUUCUCAAUUAUUUACUCCCUUAACUAAUUAAGGGGUUAGGUAUAAGGACAGAAUAAGGUUCCUAAAAAGAAAUUACAGGAAAGGAAAAAUAACCGCCUGUAGUAUUUUACAGUAUGUCUCCUAUCAAAUAAUGAUCGAGCGUAACAAUAACCUUCUGGCAGGUAUGGAGGCUAAUUGUUGGUAUUUUAGUUGCUGCUGACCUGGAGGGUCCCGGUCCUGGCUGCGCAACAUGACCUGCAGCCGGAUCACCACUCCGGGGAUCGUCCCAGAGUAGGGAGGGCACUUCCACCGCAGGGAGGAGCAGGAGGAGGAGGAGCAGGAGGGGAGAGGUGAGUGGACGCGGUUAUGCCAGCAAGCCGAUUAUUAAAGGCUACUGAGCCCUCUCUGUCAAUUUGCGUCCGUCCUCUCAUGGUCGAACAAAGGCGGAGGACACAAUUCAUCUGAAGCUGAAGUUUUUAUUUUUACGGGGAGUGGGCUUCAUUCAGCACAGGGAAAGUAGUUUUUCUUAAAUGGACGCUGCAGCUUUUUAUGGAUAUAGGCUAUAUUGUGAGAAGUCGUGUGGGGAAAGCUAUUGUUUCUAUACGAUUUUGAGACUUGCCAUGUGUAGGCCUAUGUGGUACUCUGGAGAGCUAAAAGUGACCUGGUAGGGCCUACCUAGUGGUAGACUAUAUUUUAGUUGCUGUGGGGUCAUUGUUUUAUAUUUUUAAAUUACAGUAGCUUAGUACAGGUUUUUUAUUUUUACAUCCUGCUUAAAAGUGUUCCAGGAUAGUUAUUUUUUGUAAAGGAAGUUAACACUUGCAUCAAAAGGAAAUGGCAGCUGCAAUGAACGUUAUUAGUAAGUGAACUUUACAAUCAGGCCCCUACAAGCCAAAUCACAGGGACAACAGAGCCCUCUUUGCUUUGCCCAGUGUAAAGUGCAAGGUGUAAAAAUGACCAGCCUCUCCAGGAGUACAGAUGACCAGAAAGGCAUCGCCGAGAGCCCGGCUCACAAACCAGAGACCCCCAGGUACCGCAGCUGGAGCAGUCUCCGCUUCUCAAGAUGGAGAAGUGGCUCCCAGAGGACGAGCCCCCCUGGCACCCCCUCCCCUAAGACAGACAAGAGGGGCGAUGUGACCACGACGCUCUUCUCUUUGGUCCAGACUCACAAUGACGACUACACAGCGGACCCCGAUGGCCUGCUGGACACCAAUGUGGAGGACGCAGGAGGUGAAGAUGACACCCCAGAGGACCAGUCCACCUACUUCCAGAAGCAUUUUGGAUCCAUGCUGCAGCCCGGGGUCAACAAGUUCUCCCUGCGCAUGUUUGGCAGUCAUAAGGGUGUUGCUGCUGAGCAGGCCAGGGUCAAGAGCUUUGGAGUGUGGAUCAUCCACCCCUACAGUGACUUCAGGUUUUACUGGGACAUUGUGAUGCUCCUGUUGAUGAUGAGCAAUCUGGUCAUUUUGCCCUGGGGAAUCACCUUCUUCGAAGACCAGAACACCAUGCCCUGGAUCACCUUUAACGUCCUAUCUGACACUCUCUUCCUCAUGGACCUGGUUUUCAAUUUCCGCACGGGCAUCCCGGGAGAGGACAGCCACAUCAUCCUGGACCCCAAAGAUAUCCGCAUGUAUUACCUCCGCACCUGGUUCCUGGUGGACUUCAUCUCCUCCAUCCCCGUUGACUACAUCUUCCUCAUUGUUGACCUGGAGUCCCGGCAUGAGUCGUCUGACGUGUACCGCACCGCCCGCGCCCUCCGCAUCGUGCGCUUCACCAAGAUCCUCAGUCUGCUGCGUCUUCUACGACUGUCUCGCCUCAUCCGCUACAUCCACCAGUGGGAAGAGAUUUUCCACAUGACUUAUGACCUGGCCAGCGCUGUGGUGCGUAUAGUCAACUUGAUUGGCAUGAUGCUGCUGUUGUGCCACUGGGAUGGCUGCCUGACCUUCAUGGUGCCCAUGCUGCAAGACUUCCCCCCAGACUGCUGGGUAUCCAAAAAUAAUAUGGUGAAUUCGACAUGGCACUUACAGUACUCCUACGCCCUGUUUAUGGCCAUGAGUCACAUGCUGUGUAUAGGAUAUGGCGCCCACCCUCCAGAAGGCAUGACUGACGUUUGGCUCACCAUGAUUAGUAUGGUCGUGGGGGCCACCUGCUACGCCAUGUUCCUUGGUCAUGCAACUACCCUGGUCCAGUCCUUGGAUGCAUCACAUCGCCAGUAUCAAGAGAAGUAUAAGCAAGUGGAGCAGUACAUGUCGUUCCAUAAACUGCCAGCGGAUGUAAGACAGAGAAUCCAUGAUUAUUAUGAGCAGCGAUUCCAAGGCAAGAUGUUCGACGAGGACAGCAUCCUCGGAGAGCUCAGUGAUCCCCUCAAAGAGGAGAUCGUCAGCUAUAACUGCCGUGGGCUUGUAGCCAACAUGCCACUGUUUGCCAACACUGACCCUCAUUUUGUGACAGUGAUCCUGACCAAGCUGCGCUUUGAAGUCUUCCAACCCGGAGACUUGAUUAUACGAGAAGGAACGCUGGGUCGGAAAAUGUACUUCAUCCAGCACGGCACCGUUACGGUCAUCCCACGUGGCAGUAAAGAGAUUACGCUCAACGAUGGAGCGUAUUUUGGGGAGAUCUGCCUGCUAACCCAAGGACGACGCACAGCCACCGUGAAGGCCGAGACCUACUGUCGCCUUUACUCCCUGAGUGUGGACAGUUUCAACGAGGUCCUGGAGGAGCAUCCUCUGAUGAGGAGGGCGUUUGAGAGUGUGGCUGUGGACCGACUGGGCCGGGUUGCUCGCAGACCCAGUUAUCAGCCUCCCCCACCUGAGUGACUUCCUCAGUACCAACAGAGAGAGACUCCGUCCAGAAACGUGGAGGAUAUUUGUCACGCUUUGACUGAACUUGACCACAUAACAAAGAAACUAAAUUUUACUGAUUGCUGUUUACUUUAGUAAACAACCUGAUGGAGACCCUCAAUUUUAUUUAUAAACACAUUAUUGCUGCUAUGGGUUGAAAAUAAUAUACCUUCAGUUGAUUUAAUUUUGUUACGUGAAUCUCAACAAGCAAUAUGAUAAUUUUUGUGUUAGAGCUUUGUACACUUUUCAUGUUAGCUCCAUUGUGUAGUUUACAAACUGUAUGAUGAGAAAAUAAUCACUAUUUUCUUAUUUCUUCAGCAACUUACAUUUUUGGUGAUACAUGUGCUUUUUACCAGUCGCAAUGCUAGCUUUUCCAAAUGUAAAUACUGCUUUAAGAAUCAUUUUCAGUUGCCUGUAUGCUUUCUGAGACUGCAGUUUCAUCAUCCAUCACAUCAUUCAUACGAGAUAUUGGAAGCACACAGGAGCACUAGCUGGGCGAUAACAUCAAACAGCUGUUUGAAGCGUUGAUUCAAAUGAUCCCUCAGGUCUGUAGGUUGCAUCAAGUCAGGGUUUAAUACCGACGUUCACUGAGGAUAAGCUGCUGUGAUGUAAUAAUUUCAACUGUACAGAGACAGUUGUACACAGUUGUACAUCUCUGUUUAAAUUACCACAUUUCAUGGUACUCACAUCUGGAGUUUGGAGAAAACUCACCAGCUGAAGAGUUAAUCUGAAAAAUCUACAUUUGCAUCUCCGCAAUUUAGUAUCCAGUAUUAUAAGGUGUGAUUUUUUUUCCACACAUGGACUCGCUUUCCUUACCUGUUUUAAUUUUCUGCUGGCAAUUGAUUUGCAAACAUACCAUGGAAAUGAACCUUCAGUAGGUUAAUUAGCAGAUAAUAAUGAAGAAUUUUAUGUCUGCAACAAACUUCAUUUGAACUGCGUAUUGGAAAACAAAUAAAACAGGGCAGACAGAUAAACUGCAGGUAAGGUUAUAGACCCUUUUCAUGCCAGAUAUUUUGAAAGCAAAAGCACAAAUGUUACUAAUAACAUUAACGAGGGCUCCCUUCUAUUCAAGCCGUGACAGUGCGACUGUGAACCAGCAUGCACAAUACAAACCGAGGCAGCUAAAUGGAAUUCAGCUAUAAUUAAAGUUAAUAAUUACACCUGUGAUUUUCCUGCUAUGAUGUCAAGCUUUCAGCUGUGAAAAAGGCCUAGUAUGAGAGGGGAGGCCUUAGUCACUGCUUAUUUUCCUUAACACUAAUAGGUUGAUAGCCUAAUCAACUGCAAAAUAAGAAAUUAUAUUGAUAAGACGGGGAAUAAUUUGAAUAUCUAUUAAUCACCUUCUCUUCUGUAUGUGCUAUUAUUACUGUAUUGAUUGAUACAGUUUAUUUUAAAAAUUUAAUGCAGAGAAAGAAAGCCUUUGGUUAUGAAAUGUCAUCCAUUUUACAGUAUUAUACAGUAAGAAUUAAAUAAUCACAUGAAUUUGUUCAAUUUUAACCACAUUGCUUAGCCUGUCCUUUUUCAUUAUUUAAAUCCUCAUACUGAUGUAAUGUAAAUAUAAUUAUUUCUACCCUUUAAAAAUGAAUAUAAAAAAUGUAUUUUUCCUAUGCAGUUCGUU